AUGGCAAAAGCAACGACAAUCAAGGACGCAGUCAAGAAGUUGGAAGAGGCGCGGGGCAUCAAUGCGGCAGAGGCGGAGAAGGUCCCGCCAAUAGAGAAGAUGGACCCAACGCUCUCCACACUCAAGGCCUGCAAGCACCUGGCCCUGUCAACCAAUAACAUCGAGAAGAUUAGCAGCCUUGCAGGGAUGGAUAAUCUCAAAAUCCUGAGCCUAGGGCGCAAUCUGAUCAAAAAGGUGGAGAAUGUGGAGGCUGUGGCGGAGACCUUGGAGGAGCUGUGGCUCAGCUACAAUGCCAUAGAGAAGCUGAGCGGCGUGGAGAAGCUGGCCAACCUGCGGGUGCUCUACCUCAGCAACAACAAGAUCCGCGACUGGGUCGAGCUGGAGCGGCUGGCGGGGCUCGAGAAGCUGGAGGACCUGCUGCUGGUGGGCAACCCGCUGUACAACGAGCACCGCGACAACAACACUGGCGCAGAGUACAGGGUUGAGGUCCUCAAGCGGCUACCCAACCUGAAGAAGCUGGACGGCAUCCCAGUGGACGUGGACGAGAGGGACCAGGCGAUGCAGGCCCGUGGCGGCGCUUGA